AUACCCCCUCCUCCCCCCUUCACUACACCACAACAACCUCUCUCUCUCUCUCUCUCUCUCUCUCUCUCUCUCUCACUCAAACUCUCUCUUUCUCUCUCUCUCUCUCUAUCGCUCAAAUGGCCAUCAGGAAAUCAAACAAACUCCCCCAAGCAGCAGUCAUCAAACAAAUCCUCAAGAGAUGUUCCAGCUUGGGUAGAAAACAAGGCUACGAGUCAGAUGAUCAAGGCCUUCCAAUGGAUGUCCCCAAAGGCCACUUCGCCGUCUACGUCGGCGAGAAGAGAAGCCGCUUCAUCGUCCCAAUCUCCUACCUAACUCAUCCCGAGUUCCAGAACCUCCUCCAGAGAGCCGAGGAGGAAUUCGGCUUCGAUCACGACAUGGGUCUUACCAUCCCUUGUGAAGAAGUUGUCUUCCGAUCUCUAACAUCGAUGCUGAGUUGAAUGAAUAUCAAGAAACAAAUGGAGAUGAUGAUGAAGAUUAUCUAGAAAAAGAUUAUAUGGCUCCUUUCUUUCUUUCUUUUGGUGUAAUUACACUCUGACCCAUCACCCAUGAAAUUUUUUCUGGGUUAGAUUUGUAUAAAAAAAAAUGUAAGGUUGAGAUUUACUUACAGUGGUGUGCCCGUCCUGUGCGCCCUGUGAGAAGAUUAAUGGAUCAGUUUAAGAGGGUGAUUCCUUGUUUUGAAAUUCA